AAAAGAUCUUCAAUCUUGACCUGAGAUGGUGAGUUCCUAGUGGAUUAUAGGGUAUCGAUUUCAAUUGGUGUCCAUUUUGAUGGUUUAAGUAGUGGAGUCUACUUCUAGUUUUGGUUUUGAGCCACUUAGACUGAUCGAUGGGUCUGUCGAUUGCGUUGCUUUCAUAUCUGUUUAGAGGUUUUUAAUUGGGGUUUAGAUUCUUUAGACAAAAAUUAUUCCUGGGCUCAUUCAAAUUUUGCAAUUCACAUCCAUCUUUACGUUGCAUAGCAUUUUUGCCGCACGUUCCAAUUUUACAGAACCUGACUUGUCUUGCAUGUUAGAUGGGAAGUCCUAGCAGGCAAACUUGUGAUGCAAGAGAUUUCUUCCAUAAGGUGAAUUGCUAAAUGACAUCACUGUUCAACAUGUGGGCAUUAAGGAACUUUCAAAGGCGUUGUUUGAAGACCAUGUUCCUUCUUCAAAACAGGAGUUCUUUGUUUGGAGAUAUAUCAUUGCAGAUGCAAUCCAAUAAUGUUGUCAAACUAAAGUUACCAAAUGAAAUGUACUCCCCUUCCAUGUCUAUGUUGAGUUGGGUAAGUGCGUCUCGGUUGAUGUCUACAACCCAAGGAAGGAGCAUGAGGAGCAAAGUGGAGAAGAGAAUGCGGCGAGAAACAGGAAAAACCCUAAGGGAAAUCCGGCGUGCAAAGAAAUUGAGAAAGAAGUUAAUGACGGAAGAAGAGAGGCUUAUAUACAACUUAAGACGAGCCAAGAAAAAGGUGGCUUUGCUCCUACAGAAACUGAAGAAAUAUGAGCUACCAGAUUUACCUCCUCCUCGUCAUGAUCCUGAACUUCUAACCCCAGAGCAGCUUCAAGCUUAUAAAAAGAUUGGCUUCAGAAAUAGAAAUUAUGUACCAGUUGGAGUCCGUGGAGUCUUUGGAGGAGUUGUGCAGAACAUGCAUCUCCACUGGAAGUUUCAUGAGACUGUGCAAGUUUGUUGUGAUAACUUUCCCAAGGAAAAAAUUAAAGAGAUGGCAACGAUGCUUGCAAGAUUAAGUGGGGGUAUUGUGGUUAACAUACACAAUGUAAAAACAGUUAUCAUGUUUCGUGGAAGAAAUUAUCGCCAACCAAAAAAUCUGAUACCCAUUAACACACUUACUAAAAGGAAGGCAUUGUUCAAGGCAAGGUUUGAGCAGGCUCUUGAAUCGCAGAAGUUAAACAUCAAGAAAAUAGAACAGCAGCUACGUCGCAAGGGUGUCAACCCUGAGGACCCAGUUGCUAUGGCCAGCAUCCAGAGAGUGGCUUCCACCUUCUUCCGAGCUAUUGAUGAGAAGCAAGGAACUCCCUAUGUCUUUCAUGGGGACAGGCAGCCAACUUCCGAGACUAUUGACAUGCCAGAGGAUGCUCCUGACCUACCUUCUGAAGACAGUGACCAAGAGGAGCUUGACCGCUUCAUUGCAGAAAUAGAGGAUGCGGCAGACCAGGAGUGGGCGGCAGAGGAAGCAGCAGAAAAAGAAGAGUCAACACGAAUAAGGUACUGGGGGACAGAUGAUACGGGGAUGCAAGGUAGGAGUCCAAAAUGGAGAGGUGAUUCAGAAGAUGUGGAUGGGGACCAUGGAAGACGUUGGAAUAGUGUUAGUAGCAGGCAAAGAAACACAGCUGUAAGAAAAUGGGAUAGUGGUGACGAGAUCUCUGAUGCAUCAGAAGGUGAGGAUUGGGACUCGGAUGAUGAAGUGGGUGAGGGGGUAGCUAAUAUUGAUAGUGACACAGAUAGGGAAGAUUAUACACACAGAAGUCUGGCCAGCAAAAGAGAGAAGAGCAGCAGUCUUGGGCGGGAAGAAGCUCUUCUUACAAGGACAGGUAGCAGAAGUUUGAGAGAAAGAGCUAAUGAAGUGGAUGCAGAGUCAGAUGGUGAUAUGCUUGGGGAUGCAGAUGAUGGGUUGUGGGAAACAGAUGAUGAGGAGAAACAUGGUUCACCAGCUUUUAGAGGCAAUAUAUAUGAUUACCACAGUGGCAGUGAUGAAGAAGACGGUAACAGCUAUGGUAGAGAAAAUGCUGGGAUAGGUGAAUCGAAAAAAAGAAUUGAUGAUAGUUGGGACAGUGACUAAAUCAUGAAAAUGAGGAAUUUAAAGAAUUUAAGGCCAUGAGACAGGCUGGAUGCUGAAUGCUGUAUGGCUGCAAAAUACCAAUGUCGCAAGUCACAUAUGAAGGUAUUUCUUGGUCACUCUAGCCUUAAAAUGGAUGGAUGAGAAGUUUUCUGAUAUUUUGAUUCGGGGAUAACGUAUGAUUCACUUUAUGAUGAUUAAUACUGGAACAUUGAAGUUCUUUGGUGUCCCAAUUAAUUUAAGGGUAAAAAGAUUAUUGACUGCAUGAUGACUGGUAUUGGAGGUAAGAAGGUUUAGAAAAAUGAAGAUUAGGGGGCACUGGUUUUGUUCACAUUUGAAUGGAUGCUUGUUUGGCCAGCCUCUAUAUUGGCAAUUGUUGUUUCAGGCAUUAACUAAUGCUGUCCCUUGCUUCAACGAGUUUAACAUUGUGAGGCAAAGCAUGAUAUUGUCCAAAUUUUAAAUUCAUGUGCCAUUUGGUACAUUAAUAAUAAAAAAUAUAAUAUAAAACGAUAAAAGUUGAGGAUUUGGUGAGAUAAAAGUAUAACAAUCUGUUCUUGCUGGGAAAUUUUUUUUACUGAUAAUGAAAAAAAUUCUUGGAGAGAAUAAAUUUCUUUCAUUUUCAUGGUUAUCAAA